UUUGGAGAAGACCUGCCUCUAAGUCCGCGGAGUCCUCUGACCCCCAGACAUGGGCCAGGUUUGGCUGAUGUUUGUCAGUAUGAUGAGUGGAUAGCUGUGAGGCAUGAAGCCACCCUGUUGCCCAUGCAAGAAGAUCUGUCAAUAUGGCUAUCUGGUUUGUUAGGUAUUGAAGUUAAGGCAGAACGAUUAUUGGAAGAACUUGAUAAUGGAGUACUACUAUGCCAACUGAUUGAUGUUCUUCAAAACAUGGUGAAAACAUGCAACUCUGAAGAUCCUGGGAAUUUUCCAAUGAGAAAAGUGCCCUGUAAGAAAGAUGCUGUCUCAGGUUCAUUCUUUGCUAGAGACAAUACUGCAAACUUCCUUCACUGGUGUAGGCACAUUGGGGUUGAUGAGACUUACCUCUUUGAAUCUGAAGGUUUAGUUUUGCACAAAGACCCAAGACAGGUGUAUCUUUGUCUUCUAGAAAUUGGUCGAAUUGUGUCAAGAUACGGGAUUGAGCCGCCAGUAUUAGUAAAACUUGAGAAAGAAAUUGAACUGGAAGAGACCUUACUUAAUACUUCUGGGCCUGAAGAUUCCAUUAGCAUUCCGAAAUCAUGCUGUCAGCAUGAAGAACUGCAUGAAGCUGUUAAACAUAUUGCUGAAGACCCUCCUUGUAGUUGUUCCCACCGAUUUUCUAUUGAGUACCUAUCUGAAGGACGGUACCGACUUGGGGAUAAGAUACUCUUUAUAAGAAUGCUUCAUGGAAAACACGUCAUGGUCCGUGUUGGUGGAGGCUGGGAUACUCUUCAAGGAUUUUUGCUUAAAUAUGAUCCCUGUCGCAUAUUGCAGUUUGCUACACUAGAACAAAAAAUUCUAGCAUUUCAAAAAGGAGUUGCUAAUGAAAGUAUACCUGAUUCAUCUGCCAGAACACCUCAGCUUCCUGAAAUGAAUCCUUUGUCAGCAGUUAGCAUGUUUCAGAAACACAAAUCAAAACCUGGCACACCAGUUGGUAUUCCAAGGAGCAAAGAAAAGCAGACAUGUCCACCGGCUGAGCUGCUGCCAGCAUCUUCCCCAAAAGGAGGGAAUCUGGGCUCCGUGUCAGUCCGUCCUAAAUUGCCAAAUACUCCAGCAGUGUCUUCUCAUCUUAAGCUCAAAUCUUCAAAAGGCAUAGUAAAGAAACCACCAGUGCCUUCAAACAAUGCAUCGUCUUCACUUCCUUCUUUAAAUCCAGUAGGUAAAAGUACUUCCUCACCAGCUUCAUCCAGAACUGCACCUAAAUGCAUCUCAUCACCCAGUACUCCUAAGGUCAAGCUUACUAUGGCCCAGAAGCCCAGAGAUGUGCCUGAGUCUGCACUUUUGCCAAAUAAAUCUUCUGGAAAAACUGAACCAAAGCAUUUGAAACACACUCAUGUAUCUUCCAGGGAUAAUGCAGUAUCUCACUCAGCUGCACAUUCAGAUUCAUCAUCAAAGGGUCCAAAGCUCCCUAAAGCAAAUAUCCAUGUAAGGCCUAAACCUUCCCCUUCAUUCCAUUCCCCUACAAAAGUUACAAAAUCUAGUUCCAAAACUACAACCGCAGGUCUAGGAACGGGGUGUCAGCCAUCUGAUGGAGCCCCACAAGCAAGAGCAAUGCCAACACAGAAACUUAAGUCAGCCUUGAAUUUAAAGCAGCCACUCUCGGUAUCCUCAGUUGUGCCUGCAAAAGCUGCACAGGAAUCGAAAGAUAAGAAUAUGGUUUCAGUUGCCAAAAAGCAGCCUCAAAAUAAAAGUACAUCCCAGAAGAUAGGACCCAGCUCCUCGAAGUCCCCUGGCCGUACCCCGCUGUCCAUCGUGAGUCUUCCCCAGUCCUCAGUCAAGACACAGACUGUACCAAAGUCAGCACAGACUGCCACUAAGAGCCAGUAUUUAGCUAAAGGGCUUCCAAAAAGUGCCAAAGCCCCAGCCUCAACCAGGAAACCACCCUCCUCUGGCAAGGAAGCAGUUGGCGGCGAUAAAAAACAUACUGCAAAGAAAAAGGAAGAUGAUGACCAUUAUUUUGUUAUGACUGGAAGUAAGAAACCUAGAAAGUAAACACAAAUGUGUCAUUUUAAGAAAACAGGAAAGUCAAAGAGUAAUGUAUUAGCAUCACAUCUUAAAAAUUUCUCCUGUUUGUCCAAAUAGGUUCAGACAUUAGGCACAGUAAGAUGGGGGUUGGAGGUUGGGGAUGGAGGUGGAAGGUGCAUCAGAAUUCACAUUUCUGAAUUCACCAGAAGGUACCCUUUUGAGGCGGACAGUUGUAAAAUUGCUAUAAGGUUCUUAUUAAUAGUAGACAUUUAUAUGAUUUUCAAUUCAUAGCAUCUUUGUUAAUGUCUGCCCUUUAAGGGAAAUGUAGAGUUAAAUAACACUACUAGAGUUAUAAUUAUAGUUGCUAUGUUUUUUAAUGUGUAUUAAAUAUGGAGGUUACAUACUGGCUAAUGGCAACAGUGGUGCUCUAAAUAUUAAUUAUUGCAUCUUAAAAUUAGCAACGGUUUGGCAUUUUUCUUACAAAAGGCACCUAAUUUAAUUGUUUGAUCAGGAUUGCCUGAUUGAACAAUACUAAGUACCAGUGGCUGCUGCUGUUGAUUAGCUGGACGUUAUUCUAGGGUUGGUAGAAUCCUAUUACUUAAAAUUUUUCAAGCUUUCCAAAUCAGGUUUUUGAUUUUUGACUGGCUUAUUUUAAUAUUGGUAAUAUUUUAUUAUAUUUUUGGUAAAAAAUUUGUAAUAUUUUUGGUAAAAAAACACAAAAUAUUGAAAUAUAAACUGAAAUUUGGUAAAAAAACAAGACAUUAUAAAAUGUACACCUCUUUUAGAUGGGUGUUGUGCAAUGUGAAAGGGGAAACUGAUUUAGUAACUUUUAGCAUAUUAAAAAUAUUUUUAUUAUAGUUUCCUAUGAGUGCAGAUACGAAUUUUUACUUUAACAUAAUGUUUUAACAUCAGAAUUAUGUUUUAACAGCCUUAAAAUUAAGGUGUUAUUAAAGAAUCUUGUGGUGCUAUAUAAAAAUUCUCUCAUGUGAUUGUUAUUUUUCUUUAGAUAGCACAAUGCCAAUUUUAAGUAGAUGCUUUCAAUUACAUUAUUAUUAUUUUUUUAAUAAUGUCAUGCUGCUUUCAGUUUUUCAAUGGCAAGUGGACAGUACAUAUGCGGCAUUUUGGGCUCUGUAAGCAGAUUCUCCAAGGAACAUAUCCACAUCAUGUAAUGACCGCAUAGGUUCCAUUGAUCUAAGAUAAAUGUAAAUAAUUUUUCAAGGGAUUGUGACUAUUUAAAAAAGUAUUAAUGUACUUUCAGAAGUUUGGGGGGGUGUGCUUAUGAACUUUAUAGUGUUAUCAGUUAUCAUAGGUUAUUGUUUUCAAAAUUGUGGUUUGUAUUUCCCUAUUUUAAGCUAGAAUGUGUUGUCUAAAGAAAAAUAAUGGUUUAUACAAAGGUGCAAUUAUAAGAUAAGCAUCUUAAGUUGACUACUAACAUUCUACAGGUUAUAAAGCAAGAAAACUUUGUAUAAAAUGAAGUGACCUUUUGUCUGAGGAA